GUGGAUCUAGUUUACCGGGGGUCUAGGUGGCCGUUCAGUGUUUCCAGUACGGACUACGGUUGUCCAUAAUUAUAAUAUGAUCUUAUUUCAUGGUGACGAGUGACGACUAUGUUUUCUGCUUGCGUGUGCGAGUGCGACAGAGAUAACGAGCUGACAUGAUUAGAGAGUGACGGAAUGAGAUAACGACGAUCUGCUCAAAAUUCGGGACACUAACAAAAAAAAGAAAAGGAGAGACUCGAGCUCGCCGUCGUCCAACUUUCGGUAUUUUGGUCAGACGACGACGAUUGCUGCACGUCAUGAAACAUGCCUUGUUCGACAUGUUUCUGUUCCUGUUUAAGUCCAAAUAUCGACGGAAACGGAUUGCCCCAACAAUGACUUCUAAGGUGGCUGCCAAUUUCGCUCCGCUGCUGCUGCUGGUAAUCGUUUUUGGUUUAGCAUCCUUGGCACAAUGCUCAUUGGACCGGUGCAAAGACGUUGAGUGCGGCAAUGGCAUCUGCUUGAAUGGAACGUGCGUGUGCAACGACGGAUGGCAAGGCCCUCAGUGCCAGUAUUGUGGUGGAAAAGUCAAAUUAAAUGGAACUUCUGGUUUCAUUUCUGAUGGCAUUGGUAACUACUCGCUGGAUGUAAAGUGUAGUUGGCUUAUAGAAGCUGGAAAUUCCACUAAUUCCACGAUCAGAUUGCAUUUUGAAGAAUUCAUUACGGAAUGCGGUUGGGAUCAUUUAUAUAUAUAUGAUGGAGAUAGUGUUCAUUCUCCACUACUUGGUGUUUAUAGUGGUCUUAUGUACUCAAAAGAUUACUCUCUGCAGAGUGUACCAGAAAUAGUUGCCCAUUCCGGAUUUGCUCUAUUACAUUUUUAUAGUGAUAUAGCUUAUAAUUUGUCCGGUUUUAAUAUUUCUUACAGUUUAAACACAUGUCCAAGUACAACUUCCUCUAAAGAAUGUUCCGGACAUGGUGUUUGUGUAGACUCUGUAUGCACUUGUGAUGCCCAAUUUAUUGGAGAAGCAUGCCACAUUCCGAUUUGUCCAAAUAAAUGCACAGCCAGUAAUGGGGUGUGUGAUAAAGAACAACAUCGCUGUGUCUGCAAUCCAAAGUAUAAAGGUGAUGACUGUAGUCAAGUAGCUGAACAUGGUUACUGGGAAUUAUUGAAGACAAGUGAUUUUGUUCCUCAAGGAUCUGCAUCUCAUACAGCAGUUGUAUGGCAAGAUUCUAUGUAUAUUGUUGGGGGAGAGUCUUUUAAAAAAGGACAUAUGUUAUAUGUUUAUGAUUUUAAUGGUCAUGUAUGGGAAACACCUCAUGUAAUAAGCAAAACAGCACCAACCAUACGAUAUGGACAUUCGUCUGUGCUGUUUGGUGACAAGAUAUAUGUUUAUGGAGGAGUAAAAGAAGAUGGAAUUGUGUGUAAUGAAUUGUGGGCUUAUGACAUAAGUGCCAAGUCCUGGGAAAAUGUCACAGUCAAUACUGGUUCAUGUGAACGUAACCUUAUGAACAUUGGUUUCACAAAUCAAGCCUUGUGUGGACCAUUGCGUAGUGCUGGACACACAGCAACAUUGGUGCCGCCUUCGUUUAUAUCACAAUCUACUUCGUCUGGAUCAGGUUCUAGAUAUGUGACGGAACGAAUGAUUAUUAUUUUUGGACAUUCUCCUACUUAUGGUUUUAUGAAUUUUGUUCAAGAAUAUUAUUUUGGCACUAGAGAAUGGGCAGUUGUAAAGACUAAAGGUUAUCCAGUAAAGGGCGGAUAUGGGCACAGUGCUGCUUGGGAUCCUGUGACAGAACGUAUUCUUGUAUAUGGUGGCUAUGUAUCAAUGAGUCCUCUGCAAUCGGCUUUAUCUUCAAAACUGUAUGCAUAUGAUCCUUACUCACAUACAUGGUAUUUAAUGAGUGACGGUCCAAGUGGUAGGUUUUUACAUAGUGGUUCUAUGUUGAGUCCUACUGGAGGUUUAAUGUUGAUUUACGGUGGAAACAUACACAACGAUACUGGAGUAAAUUUAGUUUCAUCUGGAGGUCAGUGUUAUACUGCACAACCAUUACUUUAUGAUACUUAUUGUGACUCUUGGACACAAAUGGCAUUGCCCUCAAAUUUAUUCACCAGUCUCAUGCGAUUUGGACAUUCUGCAAUAACAUUUGAAAAAUCUAUGUAUCUAUACGGUGGUUUCAACGGCCAAAUGCUCAAUGAUAUUCUCAAAUUUUCUCCUGGGAAUUGUUCAUCAAAUAAUAUGAUAACUAAUUGUUUGAAUAGUCGUCAUUUUGGCGUUAAAUGUGUCUGGGAUAACGAAAAAGCCAUUUGCUUACCAUUUUCAGAAAUACCAGCUAUUCCACCCAGUAUAGAUUUUGAAUCAACUUACAGCCGUUGUCCUGAAGAAAGUAAGUCUCAAGUCACAGGAAUUAUUGAUCAGUGCAAGCGGCAAACUACAUGUGAAUCAUGCGUUCAUACUCAUCGUUGUGGUUGGUGCCCCUUAUCGAAUUCCUGUGUACAUGAUAUAGAACAAUGUACUACAAUGAAUAGAGAUGAUAUUCCAUAUCGUAGUGAACGUCCAAUAACAUCUGGUUAUCAAUGUACUAAUGAAAAUGCUGAUCAUAUGCGUUGUAACCAUCUUCACUCUUGUCAAUAUUGUGUUACGCAUACUGGAUGUCAUUGGAAUUCCAAGAUUGAAGUUCCUAUAUGUGUACCAAUCACAAACAAAUCCAUGAUUCAAGAUUUUACAUCACCAGAUGUAUGUGAAAGUGUUUGUGAUCAUUAUACUGAAUGUACAAAUUGUACAAAAGAUGAAUGCAUUUGGUGCCAGAAUAAUGAACGAUGCAUUGACAAAAAUGCGUACACAUCUUCAUUUCCAUACGGUCAGUGCAGAGAAUGGACAACUGAUGAGCACCGUUGUAGAACUUCACCAGGAAAUUCACAGUGUAAUUACUAUAGGACUUGCACUGACUGUCGAGAUGAUCCAGAGUGUGGUUGGUGUGAUGAUGGGUCGGGCACUGGUUUAGGUUCAUGCAUGGCCGGUGGCAAUACGCCACCACAAUCAUGUUCUCAAAAUAAAUGGUACUUCACUCACUGCCCAACUUGCCAGUGCAAUGGCCAUAGCACUUGUAUGAACAAUACUGAUGUGUGUAUACACCCCUGUUCAAAUAACACCGAAGGUCAAAACUGUGAGACUUGUAUUAAAGGAUUCUAUGGGAACCCAGUCAAUGGUGGUGAAUGUAAAGAGUGUCGGUGUAACAAUCAAGGUAACCAUUGUAAUCAAGAAAAUGGAAAAUGCUAUUGUACUACAAAAGGGAUAAUAGGAGAUAACUGUGAAAAAUGUGACACAAAUAACCAUUAUCUUGGAGACCCAUCUAAUCAUGGUUCCUGUUUUUAUGAUCUGACCAUUGACUAUCAAUUCACAUUCAACUUGUCUAAAAAAGAUGAUCUGAGGUUCACACAAAUCAAUUUUCAAAAUUCACCUUCAAAGUCUGAUGUUGAUGCCGACUUUAGCAUCACCUGUUCGGUGAUGGCCAAGAUGAACAUCACUGUCAGACCUGCUUCCGGGCCGGAAAAGAUGCUACUACCGUUACAGAACUGCACAAACUUCAGAACUAAGUUUUUGAAAUCAGAAUACAUGUUUGGCACCGGCGACAACAUGUCGCUGACAACAUUCUAUGUUUACGUUUACGAUUUUAAACCUCCACUCUGGAUACAGAUAUCGUUUUCUCAGUAUCCAAAAUUAAAUCUACAACAGUUUUUCAUCACAUUCUCUUCAUGUUUCUUGCUAUUACUGUUGGUUGCUGCCAUAUUGUGGAAACUCAAACAAAAAUACGACAUGUAUCGCAGGAGACAGAGAAUGUUCGUGGAAAUGGAACAGAUGGCCAGCAGACCGUUUUCGGUGGUCGAGGUGGAAAUAGAAAAACGCAACGCCAUUCAUGGUAACCAAAUACCAUCGAUACCGACCAUUUCUGUUUCGAGCAAUUUGAGAAAACGCAAAAUUGAUGUACCAAAUCCAGUGGCCUUGGAACCUUGUGCAGGCAAUCGAGCAGCCGUGUUGACGUUGCUUGUCAGACAGCCGACGGGUAACGAUAGAUUCACACCACAUGGAUAUUCGGGUCUGGCGAUAGCGUCAGCUCUGGUGGUGGUCGGCAACGUUCAACAUUCCAAGAACAAUGGGAUCGACAACAGCAGUUCUCCGCUGCCGGGCAAAGAAGACGUCCGCUGGACCGGUAGGGGUUUAAAAGCCAGUCAGCAUCCCAGUGAAGCGCGAAUUUAAAAUAAUGACGACGACACUCACAAUCUCUCUUCUCUUCACCGGCAUUGUCGGCGGUUCUUUCGCGCUGCAGCGUAACAAAUAAUAAUAUUAUAAUCGUAUAAAAAAAUACCUACACCUGUAGAUAUAUAUAUAUAUCUACCGUGUGUAUAGUCGAACCAGAUAAGACUGAUGAGAUCGUAUAUAUUAUUAUAAUAUACGUUUAUACGGUGCAUUUAUGUAAUACUUUACUACUAUAUUUAAUAUAAAUACAAUUAAUGUAAUACUACUACUGCUACUACUACUACUACUACCACUACUACUACUACUACUACUACUACUACUAAACUAUCCGUAGGUUUCUGAAUUAAUCUGAUGGCCCAUAGUAUGGUCAUCAGAUUGGUUAUGAAUGACAAAACAUAGGUACGAUGAAAUACAAUAGUAUUAUACACACGUUAGGCCUAUAUUUUUUUUACCGCUGCUUUGGCAAGUGUUAUGACAUUUUUAUUGCAUAGGCGCAGCGCAGCGCAGCGCAUAAGCCACUUCUUUUUAAUCUCAUAUAGGCAGUGGUUGCACUAGGGGGUGCUUAACCCCCUUAAAAAUAUCCCUUAUUGAUUUAGAUAUAAGCCCCCCAAUGGGUUAUUUUAAAUUAAUAGUUUUGUUAGGUCUGCUGUAUCAUUCCCCCCCCCCCAGAAUUGUAACCCUAGUUUUGCACCAAUGCAUAGUAGAAAUUCGCUAGACUAAACCGGUAUGAAAAAUAAUGCACCGGGAUUUUUGGACCAUAUCAUUUACAUGGUGCAUUAUCCCGGUGCGGGAUAAUGUGGGAUAAUUUUAAACCGGUUUAAUCUAGCGAAUUUCUAUUUAUAGACACGAUACUUAGAAUCUCAUCUUGAUCCGUGUACUUCCAUAGCACAAAAAUCUCAAAUCUGUGUCUUAAUCACCAAUUGAUAAACAUGCCAUUCGUUCUAUGUGUCAAUGGAUAGUCCUCCUGAUUGACUAUUGCCCCCAUCCCCCUCACCAAACACCUAUGAUUUAUAGUUUAAUUUUUAACUUGCCUGCCAAUGUCUGCCAUCCCCAUUUAUACACACUCUUUCAGUGUGCAAUAGUUUUCUCCUCGGGCACAUUCCUAAUUCCUAUAUAAUAAUAUAUUAUACCAUCGGUCUCGAAUGUCGAGAGACGGUUUGGGUAUACUUAGUACACCGUACUGCCGCGUAGGUAGAAUAUAUAAUAUUUUGCAUGUUACAUGUCGUUUGUGAUUAUUAUAUUGAUAAAAUAUUUAUAUAUACCUCUACGUCAUACGAUAUUAUAAUUAUUUAAUAUAUAUUAUUUAUUAUUAUUGUGUACAACUGCUGUGACACCCAUAAAUACUAUUAUUAUUAUUGUUGUUACUUGUUGUAUGAUAGACAAUAUUUCUUUGCAGUACCUGUGUAUAGACCGUUUGAAAACGUCGUCUCUUCUCGUCCAUUCUGUGGCACACGUCACCAGCCCUCAAAUCGCUUAUCCCUCGAAAGUGAAACCCCUCGUUACAAUCCCGAACAGUUAUAAGAGAUACUCUGGCAGCGUAUCUAACAUAGCCCUGCAGUUUCUCCUUCCAUCGAUUGCAUACGAUCCAAGAGCGUCCGUAUUAGUCUACUGAACUAGGUAUUCGUUUCCCUAUUUUUGUAUUCCCAUUUCUCAUUAGGAAUUUGCCAGAUUGUGUUACUGCAACAUAUUUUACUUGUACUAUAAUACUAUAUGUACUACUUUAUAGGUGUGACGUAAAGUUUCUCGGGUCGGUUCUCAUUAUUCUUUUCUAUCUUCUACACUAACAUUGCCUACAUAAUUAUGAUAAUAAUAUAUUUUGGUCCGUAAUCCAAAACAGGGCUAAAUUCAAAAUAGUUUGUCCAGCGGGUGUCCGACAUGACACGACGAUGAUAAGCGUAUUCGGUAAAACUCUUUUUCUCAUUAUAAUAAUACUGCGCUACAAUACAUUUUAUAAGAAUUAUUUAUUAUUAUAAAUUAUAUAUUAUUAAUUAUUAUGUGUUCUGAUAAAAAGAAGCGUAUUAUUUAUAAAAAAUAUUUUCUGUGAUUUUAGAUUUGCUUACUCGAUUGUGAGUGGUUUUUCUUUAUAUAGUGUUAACUACUUUAUGAUUUUGUAUGUACAUAUAUUAUAUAUAUUAUACGGAUGGUAGAAUUCUCCAAAUAACACUGCUAAGUGCUAAUUAUUAUUAAUUAAUACAGUUAUAUAAUUAUAUUAUAAAAAUUAUUAUUUUUUUUUAUUAAAUUAUAUAUCAUUAGUUUAAAAUGUUAAUUUUAGUUUAUAAAUAUUUUUUUUUUAAAACGUCCAUUUUUUUUUUUAUAUUUUCAUUAUCAUAUAUUUUUUGUUAAGAAAACUAUUAAACUAUACUUGUUUUGUCAUUAGUCAUGUUAUUUAAUAUCCUAGUUUAUUUUGUAUAAAAGAAAGAAAACAGGACACAGAGUAUAUGGCUUAAAUUAUAAUAUGAUGCAUCUAUUGUACCUAUUUAUAAAAAUAUAAUUAUCAUAAAUUUAAUGCGAGAAAAUAAUAUUAGCUUUUGAGAAUAUCGUUAUAAAAAAAUUUGUAUAUUUGAUAUUUCAUCUAAAUCAAUUCAAUAAUUACUAUUCACAUAAUAAAUGCAUUAUUCAACUAUAAACGCUAUUGGGAAUGUUAAAUAUUAUGUUUAAUGAUGUUAUUAAAAAUGGUUAUACUGUUAUAAAAAUAAAAUAAAUAUGUGCAUAUUUAGUACCUUUUGUUAUAGGUCAUACAUUUUUAAAGUUAUUAAAUGUAUAUAACACAAGAAUUUUUAAUUCUAGUUAAAUAUAAAUUUACAAUAUACAAUCAAC